GAUAGACUGUUGUGGAGGAGCAGGAGAAAGAUGGCGACCGAGGAGUCGGAGAGGCUGCCACAGACCCAAUGUGACGGUGUUAACUGUCUCACGUACGACGAAGCGAUUAUUGCUCAACAGGAUCGUAUUCAACAAGAAAUCGCUGGGCACACUCCAUUACUUUCUGACAGAUUGGACCUUUCCGUCCUGUACCAGGAAUAUGCAUCUGAUGACCACGUUUAUCAAGACAAGAUUAAGGACCUGCACAGAAAAUACAAAUCUAUACGCAGGACGCGGCCAGAUGGAAACUGCUUCUACAGGGCGUUUGGCUUUGCAUAUCUGGAAGCGUUACUAGAGGGAGGAGCCGAGCUGGCAAGAUUUAAGGAAGUUUCGUUACACAGUAAAGAGGAGCUCAUCAAACAGGGCUUUACAGAAUUCACUAUAGAAGAUUUUCACAAUACGUUCAUGGACCUCAUUGCACUCGUGGAGAGGCACCCUCAAUUGUCAGAGCUGCUAGCUGCGUUCAACGAGCAGACGGUCUCCGAUUACGUGGUGGUCUAUCUGCGUCUCCUCACAUCCGGACACUUGCAAAGAGAUAAUAUCUUCUACCAGCACUUUAUAGAGGGAGGGAGGAGCGUUAAAGAAUUUUGCCAGCAGGAGGUUGAACCUAUGUGUAAGGAGAGUGAUCAUAUCCACAUCAUUGCUUUGUCCCAGACUCUGAACGUCUCUAUCCAGGUUGAAUAUAUGGACAGAGGUGAAGGUGGCGCGACUGUAACUCACGUGUUUCCUGAGGGAUCUGAUCCCCCACAGGUCUUUCUGCUGUACCGGCCCGGACACUACGACAUUCUCUAUAAGUGACUUGCUCCAGCCUAUACUGCCCCCUUGUCAAAUUCUUAUUUACCCCAUUUCUUCUUUCCCUCCCCCCAUCUCUUAUCUUCCCUAACCUCUAUUGUUCCAUUUUUAUCCCAGUGGAGCAAAAUAAAUAGGAAAAACUGA